GAAGAAGGGGUUUUUCUGGAGUUAGAUUUCGGAGAAGAGGAAGAUUGAUUCUCUAAAGAGAGAUCGAAAAGAGGAAUUGAAUCGGCAUAUUUGUUAGGAAGAAGACACUCUCAACGCAGCCGGAAGACUUCUGACUCUCUGGUUACGUAUUUGAUGUUCUUCUAAUUACUACAAAAAAGAAGAAGAAGAAGUUGUUUUCGAUUCUCUCUCAAAAACCCUGCUGGAACUACAGGCGAAGAGCGAUGAUGGGCGAGCCAGUAAGAGGAACGGUGACUUCUCUCUCAUCAGCUUUCCCGGCGGAGGAAUCGGUGAAAGCCUCCAGGCGAGUACAUGAAGCUAUUACAGAGAGACAGAAAGGGCUAGACAAGAUCCAAGGUUUCAUCUCCGACAAUACUAACCUUAUCAACCUAGUACAGAAACUUCCAGAAGAACUCCAUCAUGAUAUAAUGGUUCCAUUUGGAAAAGCGGCUUUCUUUCCUGGUCGUCUUAUUCACACCAACGAGUUCCUGGUUCUUUUGGGGGAAGGUUAUUAUGCUGAUAGAACAUCCAAACAAACCAUUGACAUUUUGAGGAGGAGGGGGAAGACACUGGAUACUCAAGUUGAGUCCAUUAAGUCUGAAAUGAAGGAUCUUAAGGUUGAAGCAUCAUUUUUUGAAUCUACAGCGAUUGAAGCAGCGGAGGGUCUUGUGGAGAUAAGGGAGGAAUUGGAUGAUAUCCCUGCUGAAAUCGUGUCAAAAACAGGCCAACAGAAUCAAGAAAGUCUCAGUUCGAAAGUUGUAGAUGAUGAUGAUGAAUUUGCUCGCAUAAUGUCUAGGAUGGAUGAACUCGAGAGAGAAGAACUUGCUGCAGAGAGUAUGAAUGAGUCCGAAGAAGAACCUGCUUCUGAAAGUAUGAAUGGGUCUGAUGAAGAAGAACUUGCUGCUGAGAGUAUGAAUGGGUCUGAUGAAGAAGAACUUGCUGCUGAGAGUAUGAAUGGGUCCGAGGAAGAAGAACUUGCUGCUGAGAGUAUGAAUGGGUCCGAUGAAGAAGAACUUGCUGCUGAAGAUUUUGUUGUAAAUGAUGAGUACAAACCCCUAAAAGACCAUAGUUCCUCCUCAUCUGGCCAAAGAAGCACAGUGGGGAUUUUGAAUCAUACCAUGAAGCCCUCGAGUAAUCAAAUCAUUCCAAACAAUUCAUCCCAAGCAAUCAGAACUAACAAUAUGGAGAAUGUGAAUUUGCAUUCAUCAUUUGAAGAGAGAUCUUCUAGUGGUGGCAAACGAGUAACAUUUGCGGAUUCUGGUGUUACUGAGAGAUCUCCUGCGUCUUCUCAAGUGAAGGACAAUGUUCACUCCAAUUCUGCAUCAAAGACUAUUAUUAUAGGCUCAAUUGUUGAGCACACACACAACUUAAACAUAAAUCAGAGUGGACAAGUGGCACCACCUCCUAAGCUUGAAUCAUCAAAACCAGUGUCCAGAUUCAAAAUGAAUAGAAAGUAGAUCACAGUGGCUUCGGCAGUUCAUUUCAAAUUGAAUCGACAAAAAUGAAGAACACAAAAAGGAUUUAUCUGCAUUAGUCUCCCAAAAAGUAACUGUGUGAGAAGGUAAAAUUGAAAGAUUACUUUUUCUGUUUUUUUUACCCUUUUAGAUUCAAUGGAUAUACAAUUUUGAGAAGAAACAUUCCAAUCUAUUAAUUGUAAGGGUUCCCUCUCCAUUUUCUAUUUAAAUGUAUAUGAAAUUUU